ACCAGAAGCCUCCGCGGCAAAGGCUGCUGGGUGUUUGGGGACGCCCGCUUCCUCCUCCCGCGAGCUGCGUAGCCCGUGUCUGGUCCCUGCGCUAAAGUGGCCCGUCAGGGGCGCCCUCCUGAGGCGGCCCGGAAUCCGAGUUAUCCGAGCCCGCGUGGACGAGUGCCGGCCCCGCGCCGAGUUCCCGCUCGCGGGCAGGCUGUGGGCCGGGCCCGGGGGAGUCCAGUCCUUGCCCGUAGCAGGUGCACCGUGCGGGGCUCGGAUCGCAGAGACGCGGGGAGCCGGCCCUGCCCCCGCCCCCGGGCGACCGCGGAGCUCGGCCCGCCGUCCUGCCGCUGGGUCCCGGCGUGCCUGUGCUUGCCCUCGCACAGGUGUCCCGGGUCACUUCCGGGGCUUGGCCAAGGCGCCCCUGAGUAGUGAAGCCAGCCGGGACUCGCCGCUCGGGUCCUUUGCCUCCCCCGCCCAGUCUGGCCGCGGGGCUCCACACCCCGGGGUGGCCGGGCCAGCACCUCUGGCCGGGUGGUGACCUGGUCCCCUGAGAGUGAACAAUCCCUCAGCGGGAGUUGCCUCACGCGUACAGAGCUCGGAGUGAGUCCGCUCUAAUCCGGUGGCUGCGAAUCUCAUCUUUCCGGCUCCUCCGAGCGCUUUAAUUGCUGCCCGGCGCUCUCCGCAGGCCCCGCGUGCCGCGACAGCCCCGGUCUCGGGCUCCUGCCACGUUCUGUCUGUUCUGUUGCACGUUUGCCCCAGAGCCGGCUGAGCUCGGCGACUGCGCAGGCUCCGUUUCCGGACAGGCUGCAGCUAAGAAAAUUGUUCCAGGAGGAGAAGAACUGGUGGAAGGGCGCCGCCCGGAGGACUGGAACCCGGGUGCUGAGUGAUGUGGAUCUGCCCUGCGGCCGUGCCGGGCGGCCUGGUGGUGUCUGCCUCUAGGGCGGGGCAGAGUGGACAGUGAGAGAGAGAGACACACAGAGAGAAAGGUCUUCCUUUGCCAUUGGUUCACCCUCCAAUGGCCGCCACGGCCGACGCGCCAUGCUGAUCCGAAGGCAGGAGCCAGGUGCUUCUUCUGGUCUCCCAUGGGGUGCAGGGCCCAAGCACCUGGGCCAUCCUCCACUGCACUCCCUGGCCACAGCAGAGAGCUGGCCUGGAAGAGGGGCAACCGGGACAGAAUCCGGCACCCCAACUGGGACUAGAACCUGGUGUGCCGGCGCUGCUAGGCGGAGGAUUAGCCUGUUGAGCCGCGGCACCGGCCCGAUGAUGUUCAUUCUGAAGGCAGAUGGAUGAUCCAAAUCCAAGGACGUGCUUCUAUUAUGCAAACGUUACCAGAACGAAGAAUAUUCUGGCAUGGGACCAAGGGAUACCAGGCGUGUGUACUGAGGGACUGACAUGGAAACGGCACCGCACAGUAUCAGUACAGACAGGACGUUAAAGAGAGAGCUCCAGAGUUACCACCAAAGGCCAUGCCCCAGGCCGAGGCAGUGCUAGAGGGCGGCACCCUGGACCCACGCCACCCAGCGGGAGACAGCGUGAGGACGGAGCCCACCAAGGCACCCCCAGAGCAGCGGCGCCACGCGCCCAGCCCAGCAGCCACAGCGUCGGCGAAAAGUCAGGCAGGAGACAGGAAUGAGGCAGACACGGUCUCUCCGCCAGGGCAGGCUGCAGCCAGGGUCUCCAACCAGACAAAGGCACCAACAACGAAGACGGCUCCGGGCACAAAGACGACCAAAGGAAGCCGGGACCCCACGCGGCGGCCGACAGCCUCCAAGUCGGCAGUGGUGAAGCCCCAGGGCAGGGCAGGGACCACAGCCAAGAGACUGGUGCCACCGAGUCAGGGCAAACCCAAGACCACCGCCACCACCACCCCAGCAGCAGCCACAGCCAAGACGAGAAAGAGCGGAGCGACCACAGUGGCUGUGGCCCCAGCGAAGAAGGUCCCGGUCACCCCAGCCCCUGCCCAGCCCCCCAGCACACGGGGAACCCCGAGACUGAAGGCCGCCAACUUCAAGUCGGAGCCCCGGUGGGAUUUUGAGGAACAGUACAGCAUGGACGCGGCGGGGCUGAAGACGAGCUGCCCUGACUCGAUCAAGGUCAGAGCCGCCAGGUCGCCGUGGCUCCGGAGCCUCUUCCUGCCCAACCUCACCCUGUUCCUGGACUCCGGACACUUCAACCAGAGCGAGUGGGACCGCCUGGAGCACUUCGGGCCGCCCUUUGGUUUCAUGGAGCUCAACCACUCCCUGGUACAGAAGGUGGUGGCCCACUUCCCCCCAGUGCCCCAGCAGCAGCUGCUCCUGGCCAGCAACCCCCCUGGGGGCUCCCAGUGCAUCACGUGUGCCGUGGUGGGCAACGGCGGCAUCCUGAACAACUCGAAGGUGGGCCAGGAGAUCGACAGCCACGACUAUGUGUUCCGACUGAGCGGAGCCGUCAUCAAAGGCUACGAGCAGGACGUGGGGACGCGGACCUCGUUCUACGGCUUCACCGCCUUCUCCGUGACCCAGUCCCUCCUCAUCCUGGGCUCUCGGGGUUUCCAAAGCGUGCCCGUGGGGAAGGACAUCCGCUACCUGCACUUCCUGGAAGGCACCCGGGACUUCGAGUGGCUGGAAGCCCUGCUGCAGAAUCAGACGCUGGCGAAGAAGAACCUUUUCUGGUUCAGGCGCAGGCCCCAGGAAGCAUUCAAGGAAGCCUUGACAUUGGACAAGUACCUGUUGCUGCACCCGGACUUCCUCCGGUACAUGAAGAACAGAUUCCUGAGGUCCAAGACCCUGGACACGGCCCACUGGAGAAUAUACCGCCCCACCACGGGGGCCCUCCUGCUGCUCACCGCCCUCCACCUCUGUGACAAGGUGAGUGCCUACGGCUUCAUCACCGAGGGCCACGAGCGCUUUUCUGACCACUACUAUGACAAGACCUGGAAGAAGCUCAUCUUCUACAUAAACCACGACUUCAAGCUGGAGCGAGACGUGUGGAAGCGGCUGCACGACGAGGGCCUCAUCCGGCUGUUCCAGCGCCCUGACACUGCCAGGGCCAAGAGCUGACCGGAGCCGCAGCGGCCUCGUGCCUCCCCGCCGUGCUGCCCGUCUCCCAGGGACCACUUGCAGAGAGGGAGGCUCCCGCGGGAGGACCGGCCGUCCACAGAGGUGGGGCAGCUGCCGCACGCCCCGCGGAGGCCGCCGAGACCAGGGGUCUCUAAGCAUGUGGGUGACAGGUGGCCGACGCCCCAGGUGUCAGCUCCGGGGUCCAGAGGAAGGAGGCCGAACGCAGAGACGCAGGUGUGGUGUGGGCUCCAGCUCUCCUCGCAGCUGGGGGGUCCUGCAGGCACCACCUACGCUCACGGCAGAUGGGCUGGAGGAGUCUUUCCGGGAGUGUCAGGUUCUAGAAGGGUCCACACUUUUCCUUGUCCUGGAGCUACCUGACAACUCUGUGCUGUAGAAAACUGUAGUCACACAGACAACGUCAUCCAUGGAAACACAAAUGUUGUACAACAAAGCUGACUCCCCGUGGCUAGUGCCGGUUUUGCACCUGCUGGCACACUGCGGCUUCAGCACUCCUGGCUGCCUGUCUGUUCUUGGAGUUUCCUUUGAACAAGUAUUUACAUCUUGCUGGUUUCUUCGUUAAUCAGCCAGUUAAAUAAAUACAAUUUGGACACACA